AUGGAAGAAGAAGCAGGUGCGCUGGAUCGACCGGCGAGCCUGGCGGAGGUGGAGAAGCUUCCCUGGUUGCUGGCCCGGUGGCGCGCCCUCCAGUCCGGCGCCACAGCCGCAGCUGCCAACCCAACGCUGUCCCAGUUCCUCCCCGGUAGUAGUACCUCGACUUCACCGAAAACGAAGACGAGCAGCGAGCAGGACCGGGAGUGGGCGAUGCAGGUGUUGGAGCUGCUCGAGUGGUUCUUCAUCGCCGACGGUCCGCACGUGUGCCUCGCAUUCCUCGACCAUCAGACCCCGGUCAGGCCCGCCGCUGGCGACUGUGGUGCGGGCCAGGGCGACGCAGAUGCCGAGAAGGCGGCCAUCUUCGGGGCGCUGGAGGAGGUGCUGAUGUCGGCCCUGUCGUCGGUGAGCCGGGAGGUCAUCGGCGCUGGGAGCGUGCUGCACCACGCGAGCGUGGGGCCGCUGCUGUGGGACCGGGUGCGGCAGGUCUGUCGCGUCGACGACGAGCUGGUCGCCAGCAGACUGUUUCGGUGCAUGGCCUUCGUCUUCGAAAGGAAUGACAUGUCAGGCGAGCGGCCGCCUUGGGUGAGUGCGACGCAGAACUUUGAGCUGGCGCAAGUGGCGCUGGUGCAAAUGCGGGAGCACAGCAACCCGAACCUGAUUGUCGCUUUCAUAGACGAACUGCCGCUGGACAAAUUGCUGAUAGCUACGGACCAGCUGGAGAACGUGGAGCAGCUGGUGAAGCUGAUCGACCGCGACUCCCGGUCAGUGGUCAAAGAAGCGCUGUUCAGGUGUCUCACGAGGCUGGAGUUGCGGAACAGGCGCUACGUGGACGUUUUCCUCGAGGUAGAGGAGAAUGAAGAGCCGGAUGUCGCCAUCAGCGCCCUGCAGUUGCUCGCCAAAGCUUUUCAGCUGACCGAAGCCUACAUGCCAACCCCAGAUCUUGACAGGUAUGUCACGAUGUUUGUUAGGAAUGCGGUACGACGGGAGCCCAAUGUGCCCGGCCUCUUGGACCUGGCCGCCGAGUGCGCAGCAAGACGCUGCCACGGGGCUCCCUACUCCUUGGAACGGCUUCCUGUCGAGUUGCAAGUGCUCGUCACCGCCAAGCGGAAGGCCAUGCAAUCCAAAGACAAGGUGAAGCUGCAGAAGGCGCUUAAGGUGUGCAUGCUCGCCGUCGGAGGUGUACUACACAGCAGGCUGCUCAACGGCAUCUUGCCCGAGUGCAUUGCGAUGUUACAGCCGGGCAACCGGUGGCAGGAACGGGAAGGCGGACUUCUGGUGCUGGGCUGCGCAUUGCAGAGCUGCUAUUAUUAUGAUCAUCCGGGUGUCGGCGAUCAGCUGCUUCCGCUGAUCCUUACGGCGCUUUCAGACCCUCAGGCCAAGGUGCGGAAGAUGUGCGCCUGGGCUGCGUCCCGACUCCUGCGCUGCCUCGAUGUCGAGCAGCAGAGCGCACUGGCCGUGCACCUGGUGCGCGGGUUGGACGAUUUCCCAGUGCGACACACCGCGUGGAAGGCCCUCACCCACUCCGGGCAGGAGCCUGUCGCUCAAGUCAUUCUCCGCGAGUGCGUGGCGCACUACGUUCCGCUCGAGAGACAGGAAGAAGGAGUAGAUGGAGGAGGAGGUGACGAUGAGUCGGUGCAGAUCAACCCUUACGUGCUGCGCACGAUGGCCCACUGGCUGCGGGUACUCGGGGAGCACCGGGUCAGGGCCACCAGCGAAGUGCGGAGGUGCGCCCAAGUGCUCUUCAAGAGGCUCCCGCAGACACUGGCCAAAGAUCGAAAGCCGGCGUACGGCGGGCUUAUGCUGCGGGCGAUCAGCGCCGUGUGUCAGUCACUCGAAUGGAUGAUCGAGCUCGGCCCCGCGAAGGUGGUGCAAACCUUCGAACAGCAAUACACAGAGUUAGUUGCGCUGGUUCGUUCGCAGAAGAAGAGCGAUAACGAAACGCGCUUGCAGGCAUGCCUGGAUGUCUUUGCCAGCGUGCUUCGUCACGACCAGCUUCAUGUGCUGAGCCAAGAGCACGCUCCCCAGUGGGUCCGCUACUGUUUCGCCUACUGCGCGGGCGGGAUGCACACUGACUCUGGGCUGAGCGUACUCUACUGGCUCACCAUGCGCUUCCCCGAGCGUGUGGCUCCGCUGCUCCCGGAUAUCAUACCCGCCGCGCUUGCCCUCUCCCGAAGCGAGCGACGAGACCGGGACCUCGCCAUGUGCCUACACGCCAUGGCCAGCAGGCUCGGGGCAGAAAUGCGGCCCUGGGUCGCGCGGCUGUCAUCUGCCCUUGCGCACGAGGCCUCUGCAUUCCCAAACGACCUGGCGCUGCGCUGUUGCGUGCAGAUGGUGCCGUACGGCCUGGGCGACAUCGACGACCGCGCGCUCUUCCUCCUGGCGCACACCAGCGCCGACACCCUGCGCCCGUGGACCGAUCCGUGCUUCAAGGCCGAACCGCCGCACAGGUUCGAGGUGCCAAUCGAAUCGCUGACCGAUCUGAUCGUCGAGUUGGUCGUUCGGCGAUCGCUCGAGUGCAGCCCGCGGGAUGCCGUGCCCGUGUUCACGGUACUCAUCGACCGCCUCCAGCGGUCCACCCUCGCCGUCAAGGGCAGCGAAGACGCCGCCGCCUCGACAGAUCCGGCCGUGCGGGAGAAGGUGAGCGCGGCGCUCCACGCCCUGGCCGCCAAGAUGGGCGACAAAGUGGUCGCCGACAAGCAGUUCAGGUGGCGCCCGUUCCGCGAAGGGCUGCAGCGGUACCUGCCCGCCGACAGCGCCCUCCUCGCCUCACUCCUCGGUUGA